AAGCAAACGGAAUGGUGCAUAUGCCAAAGGUUAUUACAAGACGGGUAGGUUUUUUCUUCUUCCUCAGUUUGGACGCACGGCGGACGGAGACAGACACUCGCAAUUGCACUCUACUAUCUGUACUAAAGAUUUGAGGCCGAGACGGUGAUUGUGGAUAAGCAGUAUGAAUGUCACAUUGGGUGAUAUAUGCUAUUCCUGUAUUUACAGCUUCUCCGUUUCGCCACCCAUUUGCCCUCGUCAUCAACUUCAGCGUCGUUUAAUCUGCGUUCGGAACCCUAACCACCGUUUUCGCGCCAAAUCCUCUCUCGUUAUUGAGAAGCAGGAAGGCCAAGUUGUCUCCGACGAGAAAACUCCAUCUCAGACCUUCUCGGAGUCUGUUUCCCGCCGCCUCAUUCUGCUCCGACAUGCCGAGAGUUCCUGGGAAAAUCGAUCACUUCGGGAUCAUGAACGGCCUCUGAGUAAAUCUGGGCAGGUGGAUGCCUUGAAAGUUUCUCGCAAGCUUCAACAAUUGGGUUGGAUUCCGGAACUUAUCUUGUCUAGCGAUGCAGCACGAACUAAGGAGACCCUCAAGAUAAUGCAAGAACAAGUGCGUGAAUUGUUAGAAGCUGAAGUUCAUUUUGUUUCUAGUUUUUAUUCAAUUGCAGCCAUGGAUGGACAAACAGCAGAGCACCUACAAAAGGUUAUUUGUAAAUAUUCAAGGGAUGAAAUACUUACUAUAAUGUGUAUGGGACAUAACAGGGGAUGGGAGGAGGCGGCCUCAAUGUUCUCCGGUUCCUCUGUAGAAUUAAAGACAUGUAACGCUGCACUACUCGAGGCUGCUGGGAAAUCUUGGGAUGAGGCAUUUGCUUCGGCAGGAUUUGGUGGGUGGAAGCUUCAGGGUGUAGUAAAACCGAGUAGCUAGGUGAUCAAGAACUUCGGCGUGCUGGCUCAUCUAAAGGAGAUAAAAGGGGGGGGCCCGGGUGAGGUGUGUUUUUUUGGUGGGACGACGAGGUGGAUUGAAAGAGAAAGCCUUUUUAAACUGUUUCAAGAAACCAAAAAAAACUUCGGAUAACGGGUCCACAGAAAUCAGUCAAACUUAGAAUACGUGCGCACAUG